AUGAUAAUGCUAGAGCAGAAAGGUUUACAAGUUCUCAUUUAUCGAGCUGUGUUUCUCAUCAAGCGAUUUCGUAAGCUUUUGGAGUCGUAUGUGACGAGUUACUACUGCGAGGAUGGUGCGCACAAUUUGAUCCCUGCCUGGAUCAGAGAACCCGGUCUCAGUUUGGAGGACCUGUGCUUCCUCCUGUCCGGAUUCCUACCUCCCACAGACGGGGCAGACAAGUGA